AUGGCCAUCUCUUCCCUCGUUCGGCGAGGUGUGGAGGCUGUCUCAGACUUCAGCUCUCAGCAGCCUACCCCGAACCAACCCACCAUCCAUUUCGCUGGAUGGUUGUCCGCUCUUUUCGUCUUCACGGUCCUGGCAUUUAUUGCCAUCGGCUUUUCGGUGGAGUACACUUACGGAAUGCUGGUUCCGACCCUCGCCGCUAUUGAAGACUCCAACCCCGAUAUCUACGUCCGUAUCGAUACCAACUUUGAUGCCAACAAGCCCGUCGAUGCAAACGAGCCCGAUGCCGACCCUGAGAUUGAAGCUCCCCGGCCCCAACCCGUCACCAGCAAACUCCGUACCACCAUUCAGCACCUACGCAAUCGUGCCGGCUUCCUGUCCCGCUUCCGCGGCCUGAGCAUGCUCACCACUUACGGCCUCGCGCAAGUAAUGGUGCUCUCGAUCAUGCCUUUCUCGAUCGAUGCUUUCCUGUCUCAGUUUUUCGUCAGCAUGAUCACCAGCGUUCUCUUGGCCAACCUCCAGUUGGCGUGGGUUCACAUUGUCAUUUCCGAGCCUUCUCCCAAGCGUUUCUACCAGCGGAUCCCCGGCUUUGAUGCCUGGAAGAAGAUUGCUCCGGUUGUUGCUUUUGAACACACCGUUACUGCUGCCUCCUACUACAUCCCCCUUGCGCUGACCAGUGCCUGCGGUGGCUUCAAAGGUGCCGAGAACCCGGCUGACGGUGAUGCCCCGGCUAAGACUAUUGCGAGCGCUGCUACUCUUGUCGCCCUACCUGCUCUACUUUCUUUUGUGGUGUCCAUCCCGGCCCGGGCUAUCUUCAUCCGCGUGGCUGCGUCUAUGCUUCCUGAAGAGGAUGAGUCUAUUGUGCCUUUCGACCGUUCCUUUGGCGGCAAGGUCUCCCCUGCCAUUGUGGGAGGCAGUGGCAAGCUGAGCAUCACGGAUGCUUGGAAGACCUUUGAUCGGCCUGCCCUAACGCGCUUUGUCAAGGCCAUCGCCAAGGGCUUCGCCAUCGAGGUUGCGGUGGUUGUGCUUUUCAGCACGCUGCUGAUCGCCCAGAUUUGGGCCGGUGCAGUGACCUACGGCUUCGCUGGAAACAGCGCCUAA